AGCCUUUGAACCUCUUUUGUUGACCACCAGCAUUACGCUUUCCUUUUUUAACUUCGGAAUAGAAGAGUUGCUUUGGAAGACGAUCAUCAGGCAUCCAAACAACAUGACCAAUCGCAGGGGGAGGUGAAAGGAAAGGGGGGGGCGUUUCUAUUUUUGGCCCUGCAAGAAGCCCUGAUGCGCGCACAGCGGCGCUCCGCCUUUCGUUUGCAUUCCCUCCCUCCGCGCCGCGUUCCCUCCCCAUAUCCGGGCUCCUGGCUUGAGCUUCUGUGUUUGCUUUUGGGUCGCAGCCAUGGAGCGGCGGCUGCCACUGCUGCCCGGGCUUGCCUGGAGCUCCUUCUGCCUCCUGCUGUUGCUGAGGCUGCUGUGCAGGGGCGCUGCUGCCCCCCACAUCUCCGGGGCCGCUGUUGCUGCGCCCUUGCUGUGCAAUGUCAGCUUGGACAGCGCGCCCGAGGAGCGGUGGAAACCGGUCCUGCGCCACUUCGAUCCGGAGUUCCUGCGAGCUGCUUUCUACCAGCUCAUCGACGAAGUGGUUCCCAAGUGGGUUCAUGCGAUUAUCCGGCCUCUGGCGGAAGAAUUAGAAUCCUUUGCCCCUCAGCCGUUUGCAGGCGAGAUCCGGGGACUCUGCCAAGCCCUGGGGCUGAACGUUGGGGAUGGCUUGCUCAUCAAUUUGGCCUACGAAUCUACUGCAUUCUGCACCAGUAUCAUCGCUCAGGAUAACAAUGGGAACAUAUACCAUGGCCGGAAUAUGGAUUAUGCUUUUGGAGAUAUUUUACGCAAGACAACCAUUGAUGUGGAGUUCAUAAAGAAUGGGCAGGUAAAGUUCAGAGGUACGACAUUUCUCGGUUACGUAGGUUUAUGGACAGGACAAAGUCCACACAAGUUUACAGUUUCUGGAGACGAGAGAGAUUCUGGCGCGUGGUGGGAAAAUGCCAUUGCUGCUUUCAUAAAUCGAAAUUCUCCAGUCAGCUGGCUGGUCAGGACUGUUUUGAGUGACGCUGAAGACUUUGAAGCUGCUUCUCUCAUGCUGUCCAAGACACCGAUUAUAGCUGACGUCUACUACAUCAUUGGGGGCACCAGUCCCAGGGAGGGGGCAGUCAUUACGAGAAGGAGAAGCGGUCCAGUCGAUAUUUGGCCCUUGGAUCCUCUGACUGGAGGGUGGUACCGGGUGGAGACAAACUACGAUCACUGGACAACCCCUCCUCCUUUUGAUGAUCGAAGAACCCAUGCCAUGAAGGCGAUGAAUGCCACCGGACAGAAAAAUAUUAAUCUCGAGUCUCUCUACAAAGUGCUAUCCGUACAGCCAGUCUUAAACAAGGGAACAGUUUACACCACCGUAAUGAGUGCUGCAACCCCUGGCAAUUACAUGACACGGAUCAGGAACUUGGUGUGAAAACAUAUCAUGGAGCAAUUUGUGGGGGGGAAACGGGCUUCCCCCACUGCAUCGGUGUGGUAGACGCUAUCCCAGGACAAAUCAGAUCAACAUGCUAAAAGGAAAAACUAUCAUUCCGUUCCCAUUACAAGGAACAGACACCAGGGUAAACUUUUUAUCAGUCUGGAAGUUAGCAGGAGUGGCGAAAACCGCGAUGCCUUCAUUUCUGUAAACUGCACCUUGCCAAGAAAUGGAUGUGGGUAUCUGUGCCUGGGAACCCUGCUGUACCAAUUCACGGCAAACACAUACCUCGCAGAAGAAGGGGUUGAUGGAAUCAUAGAGUGCGCCCCCCAAAAAAUGUUAUUCAGCCACGGUUUUAAUAGAUGCACGAUUUGGUUGCUUUAAGGGAUGCUGAUGUUGUCUCAAAUGCAAACUCCCAGUUGCUGAAGAUAACGUGUCUGCUGUAAUUACAGCCUGUGGUGUCCUGUACAAUAUUUGUGAGUUAAAGGGUCACUCACUGGGUGCAGUUGACUGUAUAGAACCUGAAAUCAUUCCUCCCUCAUAUACAGAGGAGCGCUGACCGUACAGAAACAGAACUGCAACAGAGUGGAGCAUUAUGAGUUCCGUCUUCGUAUGAUUUUCAGCAGAUUGUGAAGGCACAAAAAUGCAGAGAGCUUGCUGAAACUUCAGAAAAUGAUAGAACUGAGCAUUUGCUGGGGCUCCUAAGUAGCCAAACGAUUCACUGCCCCCCAAACUCUGGUUUUUUCACUUUGCAUGGGACACUUUAGAAAGAUGCUGUAGAAGAAAAUUCUCAUUUUGCACAUCUCCUUUUGUAGGCUAAGGAGACUCACUGUGGAUACCCCAGCAGCCCCCACCUCCCAGUGUAUAAAGCCAUUAAUAGUGCCCUGGAUUUGCACCCAAAAUCAGACCAAAAACAUUUCAGCUUACUAGUGCCUUUUUUCUGCUCUUGCAAAAUGAUUGGUAAGCAGAAGCUGAAGUUGAUGAAUUGAUGAAUUAUUUUUAUUGCCCCCCCCCCGAAAUAAAAUGUUUUGCUGUUGAUCUAUGAGGACAGAACUGAAAUA